AUGCAUUAUUACGCCGGAUCAGCAUCUGAAUUUCUUGGCCAACACGACGCUGGCCAUACAGCUGCAUUCGUCAAUUGGUUCGGUUCUUUUACCAAAGAGGGGUUUGAUGGAAAAGAUACAGCAGAACAGUAUGCACAAUCAGAAUGGGCGAACCGUGGAAUGAUGCGAUCUUCGGCUGGGUUCUACCUGCUGCAUGAAAUGACACACCUACCUGUUUUAGUAGAAGGAUUCAAAUAUUGGAUACUGAAUAAGGGUGCGUAUCGGUCUUCUGAUUUUGGAUAUACGCCUUCUGAGUGCUCUAACCUACCUGAAAAACGAAGGAUCAGCAACGCCCAGAGUUACGCCAUUUUUGCACUAGAGGUCGCAUCAAACAGCAAGCAUGCAAGUCAGAAAGUCAAGGGUAAUGUUAAAGAUAAAGAUAAUGAAGCAUGUUGGUUGUUGAGAAAAGGACGGAGUAAAGCCUAAAUAUAGCAUUAGGAACUAAAAGAGGAGGGGGGCCUAACAGCGAGGUGUUGUUGUUGUUAUUGUUAUUUUCAUGAAGGCAAAGCGCU